GUAAUUUUAUGGAGAAAAGUUGAUGAUUUACAGAUUGUCGGAGUUAAACAGCCAAAUUAGUAGCACGUUUACAUACACCACAAGAGACAAGAUAUUUGUUUUUUACAAUCUUUUGAUACAGGAUUAGAUUUAGAAUGGAGUAAUCGACUUUUAAAAAUACAAGAUUUAGCUAGACAGGUAAAGAUCACAAGCUUUCUGAAAAUGUUCGACAAAUUUCUGAUUAUGUUGAUGAUUUUGAUGAUGAUUACUAAGAAAGAAAAGAGACUAGAUGAGGUCAAGCAGAAGAAUCUGAUCAUAAUGGUGGUUUCUGAAGUCUGACAAGUACACAAAACUUUUCAGCGAGGAUAGGUGCUAGUAAAAAUCAAGGAAAGAAAAAGAAACAUAUAGACCAAGCAUUAAAGUAUGAAUCCUCUUCACAAGUGGAAACAAGUUUUACGUUUUCAGAAUAUCCAAGACACCUAGCAACAACUCAAAAUCAAGACUCAAAAAGAUUUAGAACUGUUUCAGAAAAACAGGAUAUAACAAUUCCUAUGAUGGUAAGAGAUGGACUGAUAAAUUCAAAUAUACAUGGACUUUAAACAUUAACCGUACUUUUGUACGUACGCACUCACGUGUACGUACGCGUGUUUUACAUUUAACAUCAUUUUCUUAAUUAAGACUACAGAAAUUUAUUUAAAAACUUUGUAACUGUAAUGCAGAUAUAAAUGAGUUCGAAAUAUGUUUGUGGAUGCAUCUUAUUUAUUCUUCGUAAACGAACACAAAUAAGAAAGUAGAUGCAAAGCAACAAAAUAUAUUUACCAAUAUCAUCGGUGUAUAUGGGUACCGCCGAAGUUGAAAAUAAUCAGCAGACUAUCAACAUUCCUCCAAAUAAUGUUCAACAAAAUGCCCAGUUAUCAGAAGAUCUAAGUUUAAUAGUUUAAAACGCGGUCCAGAAUAACGGUCAAAGGUCAAGCAACGGUCAAAGUGUCUCCACAAAUCAUAAAUGAACAAUAUGAUCUUAAAAUACCUUCUACACCUCCACAAUUAUCAAUAGUAAUUCAAAAUGCUAGUUUCGAUGUGGGUUGGGAUGAAUUUACUGAUGAAAUGAAUGAAAAAUAUGAUGGGAAAAUUGUCAAUAUUGUUCGAUUAAAAAAUCGAAAUCUGCAAGAACUGAAAUUAGUCAAAGUUGAAUUUAAUGUUAUCAAAACUCGAUAUGAAGUACUUGAAAAGAAGAAUGUGUUUAUUGGACAUAUCGUGUAUAAGGUUGCAGAAUAUUUAGCAUUAGCACACGUUUUGGUAUGCUCAAGAUGUUUGGGUAUAGGGCAUUUUCAGAAAAUUGUCCACAAAAAGACCAGAUUACGUGCAAAACAUGUGGAGAAAAAUAUGGAAAUACAGAAGAACACGAAUACUCUGGAGAAAUCUGCGUUAACUAAACCGUUACUGACAAAUCGUAGUAAUAACAAUAGUAAUAAUGUUAAUGCUCUUUCUACAGCGAAUUUUUCAUAUUCAGUACCUCCUCAAAGUAUGAGAACUACUCGAGCCCCAUGGGCAUUACCCUCACAACCAUUAGAUGAAUUAGUUUCUAUGAUCACUAAACAGAUUUCGGAGGAAGCUGAAAAGACGAGAGAGAGUUUUUAG